AUGUUUAGUGAAAUAACAUUUUAUCAGAAAAACGGAAAUAAGGAAAUAAAAAAAUUAUCGUGCAAUAAACAGCAAAAUGAGCCACAAAGAAUGUCAGGACGGUCAAUAGAUUUAUUAUUGAGAUUGCGGUUUGUUCGGGACGAAGCUCUGUUUGACGACGAAUGGUGA